UGUUACCGGGGUUCUGGAGCUCUUGGACCGAAUGGAACUUUUCACUGCCUCUUCUUGCUGCUGACUGUGUCCCUGGACAAGAAAAAAAGGCUUCGCAGGCAGAAGAGGCGCAGGGGAGGUGGAGAAAGAGGUGGAGGAAGAGGACGAGGAGGAAGAGGAGGAGGAAGCCUAAGGGGCCCGGCGCGGGUGUGUGCAUGUGUGCAUGCGUGUGUGAGUGCAUGUGUGUGAGUGCCACCGCUGCCCAGGACCCCCGGCCCCGAAGGUGUUGGCUGAAAUAUGGAGAAUAGUCUUGGAUGUGUUUGGGUACCCAAGCUGGCUUUUGUACUCUUCGGAGCUUUCUUGCUCAGCGCGCAUCUCCAAGUCACGGGUUUCCAAAUUAAACCUUUCACAUCACUUCAUUUUGUGUCUGAACCUUCUGAUGCUGUCACAAUGCGGGGAGGAAAUGUCCUGCUCAACUGCUCUGCAGAGUCUGACCGAGGAGUUCCAGUCAUCAAGUGGAAGAAAGAUGGCCUCAUCCUAGCCUUGGGCAUGGAUGACAGAAAGCAGCAACUUCCUAAUGGGUCUCUGUUGAUACAAAACAUCCUUCAUUCCAGACACCAUAAGCCAGAUGAAGGACUUUACCAGUGUGAAGCAGCCUUAGGAGAUUCUGGCUCAAUUAUUAGUCGGACAGCAAAAGUUACGGUAGCAGGACCACUGAGGUUCCUUUCCCAGACAGAAUCAAUCACUGCCUUCAUGGGAGAUACAGUGUUACUUAAGUGUGAAGUCAUUGGGGAGCCCAUGCCAACAAUACACUGGCAGAAAAAUCAACAAGACCUCAAUCCAAUCCCAGGAGACUCACGUGUGGUCGUCUUGCCCUCUGGAGCAUUGCAGAUCAGCCGACUUCAACCUGGAGACAGUGGAGUCUACAGAUGCUCAGCUCGGAAUCCAGGCAGCACAAGAACAGGAAAUGAAGCAGAAGUUAGAAUUUUAUCAGACCCAGGCCUGCAUAGGCAGCUGUAUUUUCUGCAGAGACCAUCCAACGUAAUAGCCAUGGAAGGGAAAGAUGCUGUCCUGGAGUGCUGUGUUUCUGGCUAUCCUCCACCAAGUUUCACCUGGUUAAGAGGCGAGGAGGUCAUUCAACUCAGGUCUAAAAAGUAUUCAUUGUUGGGUGGAAGCAAUUUGCUCAUCUCUAAUGUGACAGAUGAUGACAGUGGAACCUAUACUUGCGUUGUCACAUAUAAGAAUGAGAAUAUUAGUGCCUCUGCAGAGCUCACGGUCUUGGUUCCACCCUGGUUUUUAAAUCACCCUUCCAACCUCUACGCCUAUGAAAGCAUGGAUAUUGAGUUUGAAUGUGCAGUUUCGGGGAAGCCUGUGCCUACUGUGAACUGGAUGAAGAAUGGAGAUGUGGUGAUUCCUAGUGAUUAUUUUCAGAUAGUGGGAGGAAGCAACUUACGGAUCCUUGGGGUGGUAAAGUCAGAUGAAGGCUUUUAUCAAUGUGUGGCUGAAAAUGAGGCUGGCAAUGCACAAAGUAGUGCCCAGCUGAUUGUCCCGAAGCCUGCCAUCCCAAGCUCCAGCAUCCUCCCUUCUGCUCCCAGAGAUGUGGUCCCUGUCUUGGUUUCUAGUCGCUUUGUCCGUUUGAGCUGGCGUCCACCUGCAGAAGCAAAAGGGAACAUUCAAACCUACACAGUCUUUUUCUCCAGAGAGGGUGACAACAGGGAGCGAGCUUUGAAUACAACCCAGCCUGGGUCCCUUCAGCUUACCGUGGGAAACUUGAAACCAGAAGCCAUGUACACCUUCAGAGUUGUUGCCUACAAUGAGUGGGGACCAGGGGAGAGUUCUCAACCCAUCAAGGUGGCCACUCAGCCUGAGUUGCAAGUUCCAGGGCCAGUAGAAAACCUGCAUGCUGUAUCUACCUCACCUACCUCAAUUCUUAUUACUUGGGAACCCCCUGCCUAUGCAAAUGGACCAGUUCAAGGUUACAGACUGUUCUGCACUGAGGUAUCUACAGGAAAAGAACAGAAUAUAGAGGUUGAUGGACUAUCUUAUAAACUGGAAGGCCUGAAAAAAUUCACAGAAUAUACUCUUCGAUUCCUAGCUUAUAAUCGUUAUGGGCCAGGAGUAUCUACUGAUGAUAUAACAGUUGUUACACUUUCAGAUGUGCCAAGUGCUCCACCUCAGAACAUCUCACUGGAAGUGGUUAAUUCAAGGAGUAUCAAAGUAAGCUGGCUCCCUCCUCCAUCGGGAACCCAAAAUGGAUUUAUUACUGGCUAUAAAAUUCGACAUAGAAAGACUACCCGCAGGGGUGAGACGGAAACACUGGAACCAAAUAACCUCUGGUACCUCUUCACAGGAUUGGAGAAAGGGAGUCAGUACAGUUUCCAAGUGUCAGCCAUGACUGUCAAUGGUACUGGGCCACCUUCCAACUGGUACACAGCGGAGACCCCGGAGAAUGACUUAGAUGAGUCUCAAGUCCCUGACCAGCCGAGUUCUCUUCAUGUGAGGCCACAGACAAACUGCAUCAUCAUGAGUUGGACUCCUCCUCUCAACCCAAACAUCGUGGUGAGAGGCUAUAUUAUUGGCUAUGGGGUUGGCAGUCCUUAUGCUGAGACAGUGCGUGUGGACAGUAAGCAGCGGUACUAUUCCAUCGAGAGACUCGAGUCAAGUUCUCAUUAUGUAAUCUCCUUAAAAGCUUUCAACAAUGCUGGAGAAGGUGUCCCGCUCUAUGAAAGUGCCACCACCCGUUCUAUCACAGAUCCCACUGACCCCGUUGAUUAUUAUCCUUUGCUUGAUGAUUUCCCCACCUCGGGCCCAGAUGUCUCCACCCCCAUGCUCCCACCAGUAGGUGUACAGGCUGUGGCUCUUACCCAUGAGGCUGUGAGGGUCAGCUGGGCAGACAACUCUGUCCCGAAGAACCAGAAAACAUCCGAUAUGCGACUUUACACUGUUCGGUGGAGGACCAGCUUUUCUGCCAGUGCCAAGUACAAGUCAGAAGACACAACAUCACUCAGUUACACAGCGACUGGCCUCAAGCCAAACACAAUGUAUGAGUUCUCAGUCAUGGUGACCAAGAACAGAAGGUCAAGCACAUGGAGCAUGACCGCACACGCCACCACCUACGAAGCUGCCCCAACUUCUGCUCCCAAGGAUCUGACAGUCAUUACUCGAGAAGGGAAGCCUCGUGCUGUCAUUGUGAGUUGGCAGCCUCCCUUGGAAGCCAAUGGGAAAAUCACUGCUUACAUCUUGUUUUAUACCUUGGACAAGAAUGUACCAAUAGAUGACUGGAUGAUGGAAACCAUCAGCGGAGACCGGCUCACCCAUCAGAUCAUGGACCUCAGCCUCGACACUAUGUAUUACUUUAGAAUUCAAGCACGGAAUGCGAAAGGCGUGGGGCCCCUCUCAGACCCCAUCCUCUUCAGGACUCUGAAAGUGGAACACCCUGACAAAAUGGCUAAUGACCAAGGUCGUCAUGGCGAUGGAGGUUAUUGGCCAGUUGAUACUAACUUGAUUGAUAGAAGCACUCUCAAUGAACCACCCAUUGGACAGAUGCAUCCCCCUCAUGGCAGUGUAACUCCUCAGAAGAACAGCAACCUGCUUGUGAUAACUGUGGUCACCGUUGGUGUUCUCACUGUGUUGGUUGUGGUGAUUGUUGCAGUGAUUUGCACCCGUCGCUCUUCAGCCCAGCAGAGGAAGAAACGGGCCACGCACAGUGUGAGCAAGCGGAAGGGCAGUCAGAAGGACCUCCGGCCUCCCGAUCUUUGGAUACAUCAUGAAGAAAUGGAAAUGAAAAAUAUCGAGAAGCCUGCGGGAACUGACCCUGCAGGAAGAGACUCCCCCAUCCAGAGCUGCCAAGAUCUCACACCAGUCAGCCACAGCCAGUCAGAAACCCAGAUGGGAAGCAAAAGUGGCUCCCAUUCAGGUCAAGACACCGAGGAAGCAGGGAGCUCCAUGUCCACUCUGGAGAGGUCCCUCGCAGCACGCCGGGCCACCAGGGCCAAGCUCAUGAUUCCCAUGGAGGCCCAGGCCAAUAAUCCUGCUGUUGUGAGUGCCAUCCCUGUACCAACACUAGAAAGUGCCCAGUAUCCAGGAAUCCUCCCAUCUCCCACAUGUGGAUACCCGCAUCCACAGUUCACUCUCCGGCCAGUACCAUUCCCAACACUGUCUGUGGACCGAGGUUUUGGAGCAGGAAGAACUCAGUCUAUGAGUGAAGGACCGACCACGCAACAGCAACCCAUGCUGCCCCCAGCUCAGCCUGAACAUCCCAGCAGCGAAGAAGCACCCAGCAGAACCAUCCCCACAGCCUGUGUGCGGCCAACUCAUCCACUCCGCAGCUUUGCGAACCCUUUGCUACCUCCACCAAUGAGUGCAAUAGAACCAAAAGUCCCUUACACACCGCUUUUGUCUCAGCCAGGACCUACCCUUCCCAAGACUCAUGUUAAAACGGCCUCCCUUGGGCUAGCUGGAAAGGCAAGGUCCCCCUUGCUUCCUGUGUCUGUGCCAACAGCCCCUGAAGUAUCUGAAGAGAGUCACAAGCCAACCGAGGAUCCAGCCAGUGUAUAUGAACAGGAUGAUUUGAGUGAACAGAUGGCAAGUCUGGAAGGGCUAAUGAAACAACUCAACGCCAUCACAGGCUCCGCCUUUUGACACGCAUUGCCAAAUUGUUGAGUUCUUCUGGGAACUUUACAGCAUACCAAUUAUCCAUAAACAGCACACCUGUGUCCAAAAACUCUAACCAGUGUACAGGUCAACCAUCUGGACCAUUCAGUUAAGAAACAUCUGAAGCACUUCAGAAGAAAUCAGCAUCCCAUCCUAUAUGGACAUCAGGAAUUAUACAACGAUGGUCAUGAGGUCCCGAAGAUGCAUCUUCACUGCAAAGUCAAGGUUGAAGCUGCUAGCAUAGUUCUGGGUCUUUGUCACUGCAGGGACCAUGGUGUCAUAACUAAUGCCUACAUUUUCCUUCAGUGAAACCUUUCAUUUUCUAUGUAGGUCUAGUCUCACAAGUGCAUUAUUUCAGCCUGUACCAUGCCAUAGCAAAUCAAUACAAACAAACUAUUUUUUUUCAACUACAGAGCAUCCAUGGUAACUCUCCCACUCCACAGCACCAAAGGAUUAGAUGUUUUCCUGACAACAACAUAAAAAGUAAAUAAGUGAAUAAGCAAAUGGCAGUGAAUGCUUGUUUAUAGCUCAAUCAUUCCAUCUCACACAAGUGACAGAUGUUAGUGAGUGGGUAUAAACUUUUUACCAAUUUUAGCAAUUUGUAAAUCCAUCUUUGAUUAACGUUUAUGUAUAGCGAGUAGAAACUUAAAAAUCCUCAACUGAUGGCAUCCUGCCAGCAACAACACCUUUCUAGAAGGAGAAUACAAUAUGCAAUCUUCUCAGACACAUAGUGAUUGUGUACUUGAGCUUGUCAUAAGACAUUUUUCGAUUUCAGUGGCUUCUAUGCCAUCCCACACUGUGAUAGCCUGUCUGGGUUUCACUAAGGCUUCUUCUUCAGGAGUUUGGCCAGAAGAACUCCACCAUCCUCCAUCCCCAAGCAUUCCCCUACUUCUCCUGGGCAAGUAGCCUUAGAUAAAAUGGCAAAUUCCAUGCGUCAUAUAUCCUGUGUCCCCAAUAUCCCUCUGUGGAGAUAGUAGACUUCCUAAGAGCAAGCUCAAAAGAAAGAAAAGGAGCAUGAAAAACCAUAUCCCAAGGCUCCUUUUCAUGAGUUGAUGUCACUUCCACCAAUAGCAUCUUCACUGAGCUGUGCCAGGCAACAUUGACAGAUGUUGACCACAGGUUCUGUUGGCAAGGCAACCUUCCAUCCCAUGCCUAAGACAGAGUCAGGGAGGAGAGAGGGUUGGACGCCACUUCACAUCUACACAUCAUAACUCCUGUAGGUAUUUUUUCAAAGCAGCAUCUUAAACUGUGGACUAGAAUUCUAAACUUCUAUUGCCAUGUAUCUACAGCUUGAAACUAGCUGAAUAUAAGAACAUUCUGUGCAUUCCCUUUUAGUCCAUGAAUUUUCAGCUGUAUUUGGAGUUAAUCCCUAUUUAUGCAGCUGAGUCUCCAAAAGGGAACUAGUUUGCAUAUUUAUCAGUUAGGUGACUUGAAAACGCAAUGAGAGUUUCAGCUGAAUUCUUCCUUUCAGCUCUGCCUUUGAUUUCAAGCUUGAGUAGGUCAUAAUUUUAAAAGAGCAUGGCAAGGAUCGGAUCUUUACAACCUAAUAGCUCCUUUUAUUAGGUGAGUAAUUAUAUAUGAAUCCCUGAAUGAAAUAUUUUGAGCAAAAUGGCACUGUAACAGAAAUAAUAAUUCAGAUUAUUUUUUUACAGUUUUAUGUCGGGAAGGAAAUCUGAUGUCAAAGAGAGGGCUUGUUCAAAUGGUUCAUUAGAAAGUCUGGUCCAUUUGCAAAUGUUUCCUUCAAUAAGAGUGCUUGUUCAAUUUACUGAGACUUUUUUUUUCUGGAAGUACUUUCGAAGAACUAUGUGAUAUUAUUCAAUGGGACAGAAUGCUUUGGUUUGAUAUUUGGGCACUGAGGUAGACAACCGACACCCAACUGACCUGAAAUAAAGCAUUUCUCAACAUCAAAGAAUACUUUAAAAAUAAUCCACUACUUCAAACUGGAAAAUGGUUAUUGAACUUCUAGAAUGCAUUCCUCUGUCUAGUAUUUUUGGAAAAGGAAAAAAAGAAACAACACUUUUCAGAAGGCAUUUGAUAUGCAUGAGAGUCAACUCAAGUUUUGGGUUGGGGUGUGCUACAAACCUCAGAUUUCAAAUUUCAGGGAAUGAGUUAAAAUGAAAGCUGUUCUGUAAACUCUAAUUGGAACGUCAAGACAACCAGAAAUUUUACAAAACUCGAGGCUUUUUCAACCUGUCAAUGAUGUCAGAAAACAUGAUCUUUAAAAGUCAUUGAAAGUAUGCUCUCUAUUUUUAAUCAUUUAUAGCUCUUCCACACCCCUUGAAAAUUUCAGUUAACAAAUAUAACAGUUUAUUUUAGCAGUUGGUGAUUCUAAUAAGUCAUAUUGUCAUGCUUUGACUAUAGUGGAACCAUUUACAUAUUCUCAGGAGACUGUUUUCAUUAGUUCAGUGAUUUUAACAUACAAUUAGUUCAACACAGCUUCUGCAGAGCUCUUGUUCCCAUAAUCUUUCCAGCGAGUCAGACAUGUACAGUAAAAUUACCCAGGGUUCUAGAGAACAUGUGAAUUCCUAUGUCUGUGACUGGUGUGAGGCAGCCUGACUUACUCUAGCUUAUGAGUCUAGCUCAUUCCAUAAAGGACCCUUUAAACUUAAAAAACUCUUUGAGCCCCAUAGGGCAAAGCUGAACAGGCAUCCAGCAUCUCUGCCAAACCGAGUCAGUUCUCUGGGAAUGGGAAAAAAACAUCAAACUUGGCAGGAGGACACAGGUUUUUAUACACUUGCAUUUAUACAAAUGCAAAGCAAGAGCCUUCUUUUAAGAACUUUGCUAUUUUUUUUCUAUUUCAUUUUGAUAAGAAAGUAAUUUUCACUCCUCCAGAAAUUUCUGUAUUUGUUUAAACUGACAAAAAUAAAGAGGGCUCAGAAUAUAUUCAAAACAUUUGUAUAAUGCUCUAGUCAAAAGUUAAGCAUUUCUUAGUGCUUAUAGCUGCCUAUAUAAUAGACCCAUAAUCUUUAGAAUAUUUAAAUAAUAAAACUUUAUAUUUGGCUACUAUUAAAUACAUACUCAGUUCAAGAACACAGAAAUAAAAAAAAUUAAACCAAUGAUAUAAGAAACAGACUUAUUUAGGGCAUUCUUUUAGAGAUUGGAUGUAAUAGUAGUUGGGGUUCCUUCAAAAUAAAGAUUGUUUAAGAGGAGGGCAUGUGCUCCACACUCUGCGAAGGUGGCGUUUACAAGGGGAGAUUCCAGACAUUUUUAUGUCAAAGCUUGUCCCUCACUGGCUUUCCCAUGAAACAGCUUCUCAAGCACAGGUCUUUCCAAGAUAGCCUCAGAGUGUUCUCAGACACGACAGCCGAAACUUCCCUCUCAGUGAGAAGCAUCUCCCAACUUUGUAUAAAGCAUAUCUUAAAGUCACCUACCAGUGGGGCACAGUGUCUCAGACAUGGUAGAUGCACAGUAAGUCUCACAAAAAGUUACUUCUUAAGAAGCUUCCUACCAUUUUACAUAAAAUCUUAUCUUGGGUUCUAGAAGUUUUGGAAUGCUUAUUUCCAGUGAGGGAAGCAAAGGAAAAUGGAAAACUCCCAAGUCUUGGCUGAAUUUAACAAAAUAAAAUAAUGUGAACUUCAAAAAGACACAGAUCCAUAAUAUAGAAUCUGUAUAUUCUCCCUUUCUUAUCUAGUUCUUUUUAUGCAACCAGAGGCUAUAUCCAAGGCCAAAGUUUAGCACCAUGCCUUCAUAUACAUGGGUUUAUCUUCUUACUGUGAUUUCAAGAAUUAAAGAGCCCAGGGCACUGUGGAUCCCCAGAAGCUACCACACACACAAAUACAAACUUCCUUUUCUAAACUCAAAUUCAAAGCAUCAUCUUCAUAAUUUGUAUUCAUCUUAUGAUUUUCAAAAAUCAUUUAAAUAUUACCCAGACAAGCUUUGGACUUUAGUAUUUUUAAAGUCAUUUGGAUACUUGAGAAAAUCAGAUAGGUGAAAUACCCCAUCUAACCAAAUAUAUAUGUCCCCAGGCCUCAUUCUACCUUGUUAGUCAUAUAACUGCUUCCAAAAAGAUUUGAUUUGUAACAGAAAUGCUAUUAUUUCUUGUCAGUGACGUUAAAUAGGAGACAAUGCCUUGCCCAUCUCAGCAAAUGAACAUAACUUCUGAUCUGGUCCACCCUUCUGCCAUUGGAUAACUCUUCACUGGGAAGACUUCCAGCAACACAGCAACUCUGAAGGGUGUUUUUCUCUUGCUCUCAGCUUUGUGCUUUACCAUCUUAUGAUUUUUAUUUAUUUUUUAUUUUUUUUGGUUGAUAGGAGAGCAACAGCAAAAACUGUGUAAGAAAUAGCAAACACAGAGCCAUGGGCCAAGGGAUCUCACUGUGUGUUCGAUGUGUAUUUUCAGAGGCAAGAAAGGAAUGUUGGUGAGGAGGAAAAGUGUGUUUUUUAUUAUUGUAGGGUAAA